UGGCUGCCACUCAGGACGUCGAUGAGCCAGUAGACACCCAAAAACUCACCGGGAAUCCAGAGAACAUGGGGAAGAAAAUAUGUGGGACCAAUUAUCCGGUCAGCAUCGCCUUCAUAGUGGUGAAUGAGUUCUGUGAGCGCUUCUCCUACUAUGGCAUGAAAGCGGUGCUGACGCUCUACUUCAUGUACUACCUGCACUGGGACAGGGACCUCUCCACGGCUGUGUACCACGCCUUCUCCAGCCUCUGCUACUUCACGCCGGUGCUGGGGGCGCUGAUCGCCGACUCCUGGCUGGGAAAGUUCAAGACCAUCAUCUCCCUGUCCAUUGUCUAUGUCAUCGGCCAUGUGGUCAAAUCUGUCGGGGCGAUUCCUCAUGUGGGAGACAGCACCACGCACAUUGCACUGUCCAUGGUAGGCCUGAUCCUCAUAGCCUUUGGCACCGGAGGCAUCAAACCCUGUGUGGCAGCUUUUGGAGGAGACCAGUUUGAUGAGGAGCACGUGAAUGAAAGGAGGAAAUUCUUCUCUAUUUUCUACAUGUCGAUCAAUGCCGGGAGUGUCUUAUCAACUAUCAUUACACCUAUGCUGAGAGCUGAUGUGCAGUGUUUCGGUGACGACUGCUAUGCUCUGGCUUUCGGGGUCCCUGCGGUUCUGAUGAUCAUAGCGUUAGUCGUGUUCAUCGCUGGCAGCGGGCUGUACAAGAAGAAUCCUCCUCAGGGAAAUAUCCUCUUGGAAGUCUGCAACUGCAUUGGGUUUGCCAUCAAAAAUCGCUGGAACAGGUCGAAGUAUGACCCUGACAGGAAACACUGGUUGGACUGGGCUGAGGAGAGAUACUCGAGGCGUCUGAUCCAGGAGAUAAAGAUGGUUCUGCGGGUUCUGGUGCUCUACAUCCCUCUGCCCAUGUUCUGGGCUUUAUUUGACCAGCAGGGUUCCCGCUGGACCCUGCAAGCCACCAGGAUGAACAUGGCUUUUGGAGAUUACUUCGUCGUGAAGCCUGACCAAAUGCAGAUGUUGAAUGCUCUGCUGAUCCUUGUCUUUGUGCCCAUCUUCGACUUCAUCAUAUAUCCGCUCGUGGCACUUUGCAGAAUCAGGAUCACCCCUCUCAGGAAGAUGACAGCCGGGAUGAUCUUUGCAGCGCUGGCGUUUGGAGCAGCCACUUUGGUGGAGGUGAACGCCGAGAAAUCGGUGGUGCACCCUGCCCCCCGGGGGAAAUGUCUCCUGCAGGUCUUCAACGUGGCAGGGAGGAACGUCACUGUGCACAUCCCUGGCUCUGAUCUGUUCCCACAACCAAUCCAGCACCUCCAGGAUCCUCCUGAAUAUAAGACGCUCCCACUCGGGGAGAACAGCAAGCGGCUGAGCAUCAACGUGAGCUACAGUGAAGAUGACGUAACCUACCAGUGUAGCCAGAACUUCACAGAAAAGAAAGCCUACAGUCUCGUCUUGUAUCCUGCAACCACUGGCAUCCAGUGCAAACUUGUCAAUGACUACAUUGAAAAAAAUGAGACCGGGAAGGCUCUUUUGAGGUUCAUCAACACACAGCCGGAGGCGGUGAACCUAACGGUUGGAGAAGCAGACUUCCAUGUGCCAGGUCACUAUGGCGUGUCGAGAAAUGAAACUGUGGAGCGAGGACUAUACACAGAAGUGAGCUGCAUCCCACAGUCAGAGAAGUGCUCCUCUCUUGAUCUGGGGCUGCUGGACUUUGGAGCCGCCUACACCGUCAUACUAACAGAGGAAGAGGGUAAGACUGUUCAUUACAAGAUGGAGGAUGUGAAGGCCAACAACGUGAGCAUUGCGUGGCAGAUCCCACAGUACGUCCUCAUCACCACUGGGGAGGUCAUGUUCUCCAUCACAGGCCUGGAGUUCUCCUACUCACAGGCUCCAGCAAACAUGAAGUCCGUCCUGCAGGCUGGUUGGCUGCUCACUGUUGCAUUUGGCAAUGUCAUUGUGCUGAUUGUUGCCGAAGGCGCGGGGCUGGAACAGUGGGUGGAGUUCCUGCUGUUCGCUUGCCUGCUGGUCGGCGUCUCCAUCAUCUUCUCCAUCAUGGCGCUCUUCUACACCUACGUGGACCCUGACCAGCUGGACAAAAUCUACCUGGAGGAUUCAGUGAAGGAGGAAGAGGACAGCAACCUGCAGAAGAAAACGCCUGACGACAUCUACUUGAACAAAAUAGAUACGAGCACCAAGUUAUAACUGAGCCACACUUCCUUCACCAUCUUCCCUGGUAAACUUGAUCUGAUCCGCUUUGGCUCGGCUGCAGCCUAAAGCCACGUGAGCAGAGCAGCCGGCCAGGCAGCCAUCAUGAGAAAGUACUUGGUUUUGAUGAACUGAAAAUAGUUUUUUAUGUUCUUUUUUUUGUGAAUACUGAGUGUAAAGAUGAGAUAGCUGGAAAUUUCUUGUAGCAGUGUGGUCACAGGUACGUCUGGGAGUCCUUUAAGACUCAAGUCAGUUCGAAACCAGAGUGUACAGGAAAGUGUUUGUGGAAUGAGACUGUAAUGCAUAUCACAAUGUUCAAAACAGGCAUUUCCCAUACCAAGAACAAUCAUGUUGUCACAAAUGAUUGCACGUUGUAUAUAUUUGCUACAGCUUUGCCUCAACUCCAUGGAAAAAUUUCCUAUUUUCUACAUUGCUGAAAAAUGAAUUAAUCAUAAGCUGUAUAAUGUCUUCCAUAAAACACAGUAAAACCGGAGCCAUUGUAAAAAAAAAAAAAAAAAAAAAAAAAAAGGUUCAGUUUACAGUGUGCCUGUGACAUGACACCGAAGUCAUUAAAUAUUUGAUGUGAACCUCAUCAGAUUUUUAUUUUUAUUUUUUUGUUUCCAGAGAACUGUAUGAAUUAUGCUGUGCCUAAUGAAGCGGUGUAAAUGUUUAUGAUGCUUGGACAUGUUUUUGUGCUGCUGAAAAAAGUUUUUAAGAAAAUAAAAUUGUGUAUUCCUG